AUGAGCUCAUCAUCAUCGCCACAAGACAGAGCAUCCCCACAACACAACUGUCCGAAACGGUUUGGAAUGAUGAGACCAAAAGACGCGCGGUCAUGUGAAGACAUUAAAAACACUCGGUCAGAACAUGCAACACCCGAGUUGGAUAACUCACCAAAAUUCAGUUCGUCUUUUCAACUUGGUUCUUCACUCAUGUCGAAGCCAUACAGUUCACAAGUCAAUGUUUCGAGUCUUUCAAACUCGGGUGAAGUCUCUUUUGAAAAUACGCCUCGGACUCAUUGGAGACUUCAAAGGCCCAACAGCUCCAAAAUCAGAAAAUAUGAAAAUAGAAAGCUCAUAAUGGAUGGGCAGUUACUCAAAUACGCUACUCUUGAAGCUUUAAUAGACUACGUAACUGAUACUACAACGUCUACUCAAGAUGUUAGAGAUAUUUUUGCUUACACAUUUUCUUGUGUAUCAGACCAAAACAUUGUGUUGGGCAAACUUCACGACAAACUUGUGGAGAAUGUAUCCAAUGUAUUAGUAUCACAUAAUAUAUUAGAUGUGGUGCUAAAGUGGGUCAACCAAAUGUGGAACGACCAGAACCCUAAAACGACUGCUGUACUUGAGUCAUUUCAGAACGUUUUACAGUUAUCUGGCGAUACAGAAAUGGAGGGGAAAUUCUUCGACGCUUUGGAGAGAAAAGCAUUUCAAGCGCAAGUUGUUGAAGAGACUGAGAUGGAAGGGAUGAGCUUAUACACUUCUGAACCAAGUUUUUUGUUAAUUGACCCCCUUAUGAUUGCAAGACAAAUGACGAUGAUGGAAUUUGAUCUAUUUAGAAAGAUUAAACCGGCUGAGUUGUAUGCGUGGAAUAAGAAGGAGAAAGAAAAGAAUUCGCCGAAUGUGUAUUGUUUUGUGAAUCACUUCAAUGACGUCUCGAAUAUGUUUGUGACGAUGUUACUCGAAGCGUCUGAUGUUGCGAAACGCGUGUGCGUUGCACAACAAAUAUUGGAGGUGGGGAGAGGGUUCAUUGUGUUAAACAACUUCAAUGGGAUCAUGGAAGUCGCUAGUGCUUUUGGAAAAGCUGCAGUCCAUCGACUUCGACUGACUAAAAGGUUUUUGAAUGAUGAAGCAAUAACCAUUUUAAAGAGGAUUGAAGGGAUCACAAAUAAUUCAAAUAACUUUAAAAGUCUUCGAGAAGCACAAAAGUUGGCUGUUGGAGCGACUUUACCCUAUUUGGGAAUGUAUUUAACAGACUUGUUGUUUACAGAAGAUAUGUCGUCGUCUGCAGUUUACACUUUUGAGACGUUACAAAGCAAAACGGAAACGACGCUGAUCAAUUUUGAGAAGUGCAGAGUACUGAGUGGGUUGAUAUGUUCCAUUGUAAGGUACCAAAACACGCCGUAUAUCAUUAAACACUCACAAAUUAUCGACAACUAUUUAACUCGAUUACAACAAAGCACGAUACAAGGGGAUAACGAGCAAUUUAAAAUAUCACAAGAAAAGGAAUCGAAGGAAUUUAUAUGUGAAAGCAGUGGUCUCCCAUUGACAAGGAUCUAUGAAUUGGAACACUUACAUAAAUAUAAGCUGCUCAGGAUUGAAAAACCGAACCAACCCAAUGGAACAAAAAUGAAAUUGAAAGAACGAGAGGUGGUGAUGUGGGUGUUACUCCCUGCGAACAAACACUCGUAUAAUUACCCAAUAAAAAUAGCAGUGAGUCUUGAUGCCAUUGUUGGCGACGUUGUUAAAGAACUGAGAAAUGAAAAUUAUCAAUUCUUUUUGGCUCCAACGAAAUUGUUACAAGUUGGUGUUGCGUUGUCACCAAAGAUGUCAAUCGAAGAAGCUUUGUUACAGACUCAAGCGUAUAGAAAUGAUCCAGAGGAUUUCUUCUGUGUGUUUGAGAAGAAUGACGCGAUUUCCCUUUUGUUUCUCUGCAAACCGGGGUCACCAAAUAUGAUGUUAAAGUACAAAACAAUUGUCGAUCCAACAGCUCCAUUGGCACAUUCCAUUCCAUCAUUAGUCCACUUAUUCAGAGCAAAAACGGACGAAUUUGCGUUUUUACAAGUCGACGAAAAUUGUAAGAUUAAACAAUGGAUCAACCCAUUUUCAAAAGCACAAAUGUGUUGUGACAUGUCGAAGUUGUUGGUGUUUCCAGUGAGUUACCUCCAGUUCCCAAAAGGUACACUGCUGAAGAGAUGCACUCCACAUCCCCUUAAUAAUACAUAUAUACAUGUCAUGUCGUGUGUUGGGUAUCGAGCAAAACAAUUUGAAACGAAGUCGGGAUUUGUACCAUACAAAAUUGUAUACACCGACGGCUUCUUGUUUUUCUACAAAAACUCGAGCGAACCAAAUUUUGUACUGAAUCUCGGAUACUACCAACUUCGACUCAUCUGUAACCCUAAAACACAUACACCGACACUUUUACUGACUAAGGCAAUUGAUAUCACAAAUAACCCAGAAGACGUCCCGACUUAUGCAAUGAUCUCGGAGAGUAUUGAAAACACACUGUUGUGGUAUAAAACGUUCUGUCGGGUCUGUCUGUCCAACUACCAAAAUCGACUUGUUGGUAUCAAUAUUGAAAGGAUCACAUCAGAUAUACUCGAAAACCUUAUUGACUCGUUAUACCUCUCUCCAUACCUUCAGUGCAAUUCGGACGUUUUUGAAGUAGAGAAAAUGCAGCGGAUGGAAAUAGUUGGGGAGUAUGAAGAGACAAAGAAUGUGUCCUCAUUUACCGUGGUUGAACUCUCCCAAAUCUUGAUGAUCUUUAUGGAGUAUCUUCCCGAUCCUUUGAUCAGUCAAGCUUCUCAACAAAUACUCGAAGUCGGUAUAGUCCAAUUUGACACCCCCAAAAAGGCCCGAACGGCGAUUGGCAUAGCCAAAGUGCUAAUGAAGUGGAGUGACGGUCGUAAAAAGAUGAUGGAGAAGAUAGGGAAGGUGGUGUCAAAGGCGAUGACGGGUGACCCUUCAUUGGAAAGGAUGGUGGUCAACUUAAUUCCUGAGAUAGCCAAGAUGCCGAUACCCAAAGAAGAUUCCACAGUAUAUUCCAUACACGAGACAGAGUCGGUGACCAUUUUCAAUGAUAAAAACCAAGAGUUGAUGCAACACGUGACAAAGGAAAUAUUGGAUGAAUUGGCUGGGAUUCAGAUCAUCAAAGACGGUCAAAUUGGCCCCAAGAAGACCCGUUCGAAGUAUCUAAAAUCACUGAAAAAGGAGGAAACAAGACAGACAGUCAACUUUGACAAAUCAGGGAUACCAGACCACAUGAUUAAUAUGAUCUUAUCAGAAGAAGGAGAAACCACAUGUCAGGAGGAUGAGGAAGACCUCGUUAUCUCUGCGCCAACACCGCAACUUGGGUUUGAAAAUGAGUUUGUCGUCAAUUUCCAAAUGGGUAUGCGAAAGGACUUAUUGGAGUUCAAGAAUUUCCGACGCACACUCAAAUCGAAAGACCAGCGCGCAUUGGAAGUGAGAAAGAAGUUGACGUGGAGCGCUACCAAUUUUGUGAGAACUAAGGACUUGGACGAUAAGAGUGUGACAACACUUAAGAAGAUGCUCCUUAAGCGCGACGAAGAGGUGCAGUUCUUCUAA